AUGCCCCUUUUCCGGCUGAAGACGGUCUUUCCGUUGCUCGCUUUGCUGUCGAUUGGUGUGUUUUUCUGGUGCAUGGAACGUUAUGACCGGUCUGCUUUCCUCCGGUUCAAGCACCCCAUUGAACAGGUCAACCUGGGCCAGUCCCAAAUAGACAUGUCCACAGGGCAGUCCGAGGCCGCCAACACCUGUGAGGUCGACCCCAAAUUGGCCGCUCCCCUCUCUUUCGCCGAGUGGCUUCCUCGCAAGAACUACACCCGUGCCUACUUCCGUCCUCGUCUGGUGAACCCUGACACCGAGUUCCACACCCUGGAGGAGGUUCAGAAGCCCGUGCUCCCGCCUAUGGUUACCAUGGAGCGUGGCAUGGUCGUUUCCCCUGAUAACACCGAGGAUGUUUUUGUCUGCCCCGAGAUUAUUGACGUCGACGUCGCCGCCGAUGACGAUGUGGAGGAGACUUCGAAGCUUCUGUUCGGUCUAGCGACCACUGUGGAUCGCCUCGAUCGCCUGCUCCCGUCCCUGCUUUACACCUACGGAAAUACCAAGGCUGGCCUGAUUGUGCUGGUACCUGAGUCGGACGAUGAUUUGGAGAAGCAGGAGACCUACUUCCGCAACCGCGGUCUCGACCUCACUCUGAUUGCCUCUCCUCUUGAUUUCACUGCUCGCUACUUCGGUAUGGUGGAGGCUUUCUCCGAGCACAUUCGCAAGCACCGCCCGCACACCACCUGGGUUGGCUUCAGCGAUGACGAUACCUUUUUCUUGUCUCUGCCCACAUUCGCCAAGGAGCUGAAGCUGUUUGAUGAGAAGAAGAAGCACUACAUUGGAUCUCUCUCCGAGGCUAGCUGGCAGGUGGACACCUUCGGCCACAUCGCAUUCGGUGGUGCCGGUGUGUUUGUCUCCAAGCCCCUCCUGGAUGUCCUCAUGAAGUACUACGACGAAUGCCAGUCCUGGGGCGAGCAGCCCGGUGACCAGAAGCUUGGACAAUGUAUCCAGCGCUUCGGCGAUACCUCCUUGACCCUGUGGCCCUCGCUUUACCAGAUGGAUAUGACCGACCCCGUGGACGGUGUCUACGAAUCUGGCCGCAAGAUCGAGUCCAUGCACCAUUGGAACUCCUGGUACACCAAGGAUGUAGUGAAGAUGACCACUGUUGCCGCGGCGGCUGGCCGGAAGUCCGUGCUGCGUCGCUGGGUCUUUGAUCAGGAGGAGACCGUGAACAACGCCACCGGAGAGACCACUCGUCACUUCUGGGUUUUGACCAAUGGCUACUCCAUGGUCAAGUACACCUACGAUGAGUCUGUGCCAGACGAUGCCAUCGACUUCGAUGCCGUCGAGAAGACCUGGCCCGAGGAUCCCCGUGGUUUCGAGGAGCGCCUCGGUCCCCUCCGUCCCGCCGAGAACGACGGUGUCACCAAGGACCGCUGGUUGCUACACGACGCCUACGUGGUCGGUGACAACGUGCACCAGUUCUACGUGCGCGAAGAAGAUGAAGGCCACAGUGUGAUCGAGAUUGUCUGGCUUGGCCCCAAGGGCGGCGGUGGCGGUGGUCUCAGCGAUCACCAGAUCCGCGGUACCUACCAGCAAUAA